AUGCUGGGCCACAGGGCGGGGCCGCAGCCCCCCAGGCUGCCCCGGGCCGCAGCCCCAGGUGAGAACCAGGAGAACGUGCACCCGGAUAAGCGCGGCGGCUCCGGGCCCGCCCGGACACACACCGUGCUGGGCGUGCUGCGGGCCAACGUGCGGUCCCCGGGUCCUGGACCCGGCCUGGGCCUGGCGGCCACUUUGGUGCCGCAAAAGUCCAUGAGCCGCAGUGUGGCUGUGCCCCUCCGCGAUGUCCAGGUCCAGGAGGAGCAGGCUCCCAUCCCUCCCUGGAAUGCCAUCAGCAAGCAGUCGGCUUUUACCAUUCACGUGGAUGAGCCCGAGGCGGACAAUGGCAAGAAGCCCCCUGGCCCUAGGAAGGAGGAUUCAGAGGAGUCGGCGCUGGACUUCCACUAGGCCGUGUCCCUGCAGGACGCCAGGAAGCCUCUGGUGCCCCUCGACUACCCGAUGGACGGCAGCUUCGAAUCUUCCCUUACUGUGGUGUCAGUGGUACUGGAACCGGAAGAAAAGCCACCAAAUGUCAAUGAAGUCGCCAACUACCAUGAGGACAUCUAUCUGUACCUUAGGGAAAUGGAGGUUAAGUGUAAGCCCAAGGUGGGCUACAUGAAGAAGCAGCCGGACAUCACCAACAGCAUGGGAGCCAUCCUGGUGGACCGGCUAGUGGAGAUGGGGGAGGAGUAUAAGCUCCAGAACAAGAUUCUCCACUUGGCCGUGAACUACAUCGAUAGGCUCCUGUCCUCCAUGUCCUCCAUGUCAGGGCUUCGGGGGAAGCUUCAGCUGGUCGGGACUGCUGCCAUGCUCCUGGCCUCAAAGUUUGAAGAGAUCUACCCUCCAGAAGUGGCAAAGUUCGUGUACAUCACAGAUGACACGUACACCAAGAAGCAGGUCCUGAGAAUGGAGCACCUGGUGCUCAAAGUGCUGACCUUCGACCUGGCAGCAUCAACAAUCAACCAAUUUCUCACUCAGUAUUUCCUACAUCAGCAGCAUGCCAAUUCUAAAGUGGAAAGUUUAGCAAUGUUUCGGGGAGAGUUGAGUUUAAUUGACGCUGACCCAUACCUGAAAUACUUACCAUCAGUUACUGCGGGAGCUGCCUUUCAUAUGACCCUCUACACGAUCACUGGCAAAAGCUGCCCUGAGUCAUUAAUCCAACAAGCAGAAUACACCUUGGAAAGUCUUAAGCCAUGUCUAAUGGACCUCCACCAGACCUACCUCAGGGCGCCGCAGCAUGCACAGCAGCCUAUACAAGAAAAAUACGAGACAGCAAAGUACCAUGGUAUAUCUCUCAUCAACCCUCCAGAGACACUAAACUUAUAA